CAAGAAGUUCCCAACCACCCCAACUUUUAUAACACGCACACGUUUAAAAAUGGCCACCAAGGGUCCCAUUGAGGAAGCCGCUGAGCGCAAGAUCACCGAGGCUCUCGAGCCAUCCACUUUGGAGAUUGUUAAUGAAUCUCAUUUGCACGCUCACCAUGCUGCCAUGCGUGGCAACACAAACCCUGAAACUCAUUUCCGUAUUACGAUCGUGUCCGAAAACUUUGCAGGAAAGACUAUGAUGCAACGACAUCGUCUAGUAUAUGGACUAUUAAACGAAGAACUGCAAAACGGUAUCCAUGCAUUAUCGUUGAAAACGAAGACCAAGGAGGAGAUGGAAAAGGCAGCAGCAAAGCAGCAACAGCAACAAUAGUACCAUAGCAGCGAGAGAAGAAAUCAACGACGACAUUCAAAUACAUCUUAUACUUUAUGUUUUCACCUAUAAUCACGCAUCCCCUUACAUUACAUUAUAUAAGAAGAAAAACCUUAAUACAACAACAAGAAAAGAGAAAGAGACGAAAACGUCAUUU